AUGCGGGCCCUCUAUGCGUUCUUCGCGUCGGCCCUCGCCUCGACGUGCUCGUCGUCGAAGCAGCCCAACGUCGUCUACAUCGUGACGCCCGCCCGCGUCACGGACGACCAGGACCAGAUGCUGGGCUCGAGCUUCCCCACCGUCGGCGGCGCCACGCCCCUCCCGAAGACGAAGCGGCUCCUCGUCGACGAGGGCGCGACCUUCACCAACGCCUUCAUCCACGUGCCCAUCUGCAACCCCUCCCGCUCCACGACGCUCACGGGCCGCUACUUCCACAACCUGCGGACGACGAACACGUCCUGGGCCGCCAUGCACGUGAACAUGGACGCCGUGCACAACCGGAGCUUCGGCCUCGUCUUCCAGCGCGCGGGCUACGCGACGGCGCUCCUGGGCAAGUACGUCAACGCCAUGCCGGAGGGCUACGUGCCCCAGGGCUGGUCCGCGUAUUUGGCGAACGGCGGCGGCCGCCUUUGA